AUCGCGAAACUCAUCACGAUCCCCUCUUCACAGCAGAGACACAGAAGACUGCUUCGUCAAGCUUCAGGCGUUCCGUCACAUUUUGUGGAUUGCGCUUGAAAGCAGACUCGGAAAUUGACGGUCUGGACCACUUACGAUGGCUGCAGAUCUUAUCGCCGAGCACGGCCUAGAAGGCCAAGAAGACCAAGACGACCUGCGAAACUAUGCAGGAUCCGUCUCGGAUGACGACGAUGCGCAAUUGCGAAACUUGGGAUACAAGUCAGUUCUCGAGCGAAGCUGGGGCGCAUUCGAUAAUUUUGCCUGUUCCUUCUCGGCUCUGUACUGCAUUGGAGGUAUUCGCGUGCUUUUCUACAUAUCGCUCAGUGCGGGCGGACCAGCUGCAAUGUGGAGUUCUUGGGUUUCCGGAAGUAUCCUCUCGAUCAUCACCGCAGCCACUCUUGCAGAGGCGUGCUCAGCCUACCCCGCGGCGGGGUCCAUUUACUACUGGGCAUUCAGAUCUUGGGGAGGUGGCCGACUGGGACGUUUUGUCUCGUUUCUCGUCGCCUCUUGGACACUGGUAGCAUGGACGUCCUUCCUGGCAUCUGACUCCUUCGGUGUCGCCAACUACCUGGUCUCGGAGGUAGUCGUGUUUAAUAAGGAUACGACCUUUCCGUAUGACGCUUCCGACGUCAAGGCACGAGCCGUGGCUUGGGCUUUCUCCCUGCUGUUCCUGGCUAUUGCUACCUCGCUGAAUUUCCUCCACCCUCGAUACUACUCUUGGGUGUUCCGUGCAGGCGUCAUUAUUAUCAUUAUCGAUAUGUUGCUGAACUUCAUUUGGUUGCCCAUUGGGGUGUCCAAGACGUAUGGAUUCCAGAGCGCGGAGUUCGUCUUCACGUCGACGUAUAACGGCGGUGGCACGAGCCCUGGUCUGAACUGGGUUCUGUCGUGGUUUAUGGUCUCGAGUUGCCUAGUCGGUGAAGACGCCUCUGGCCACGUCGCGGAGGAGACCGUCACUGCGAAGAAAGCUGCUGCCAAGGGCGUUUUCUGGGCAACCGUCUCAUCAGCACUCUGCGGGUUCCCAAUCAUUAUCGUCUUUCUGUUUUGCAUGCCGCCCAUCGAGACGUUCUACAACACCGGCGCGCCGCAACCGUUUAUCAACAUGUAUGCGAUGGCUCUCGGUCCGCAUGCGCAUGUGGUCAUGACUAUCGUCGCCAUGAUAGGUGCCAUUCUCAAUACUUCCAUCUCUAUUGUCGCGGUCUCCCGACUUGUCUUUGCCAUUGCACGUGAUUCAGUCUUCCCCUUCAGCGAUGUCCUCCGUCGAGUUUCGAAGGACAAGCAGCCUCACAACGCUGUCAUCUUCAUCUCGACAAUUGCGGCACUAUUGCUAUGCACUCAGUUGCCCUCGCAAGUCGCUUUCUCCAGUCUGACAUCGACUUCAGCGGCUGGUUCUAUUGCUGCGUAUGGACUGGUCGGUUUCGGCCGCGCCUUCGUGACGCGGAAGACGUUCCAGCCCAACUUCUGGGAUCUAGGACGAUUUGGAGUCAUCCUGGCUGUUGUGACGUUUCUCUGGAACGGUUUUUCCUUCGCUGUCCUGUGUUCGCCGCAGUACAGCGACAGUCAGAUUGACCAAGAUUCGGGUUUGUUCAACUAUGCAAUCGUGAUCAUGGGUGGUGUUUCUGUGAUUGCGAUUGAGGAGUGGUGGAGAAAGUCACAGAACGAUUGGUUCGGUCAUCUGAACAAGGUCGAGUCCAGUUCGCAGAUUACGAUACAGGAAACCCAGAUGGAGAAAACGAACCAACCUACUUCCGUGGCGGCUGCCGUUUAGAUUCGUUUUCGGAUUUUUAUUAUUUGGGACGCCACAAGCGA